AUGAGUGGAGGGAAUGAGCCCAUCGCCAUCAUUGGCGCCGCCUGUCGAUUUCCCGGCGGUGCCAACUCUCCAUCCAAGCUAUGGGAUCUGUUGCACCACCCUCGUGAUCUCUCUCGAAAGCCCCCUACAACUCGCUUCAAUGGGGAUGGCUUCUAUCAUCCCAAUCCGGAGCACCAUACGACAACCAAUGUCACUAAGUCUUACUUCCUGGAAGAAGACCACCGACUGUUCGAUGCAACCUUCUUCAACACCACUCCAAAAGAAGCGGAGGCAAUCGACCCCCAGCAAAGGCUUCUACUAGAAACUGUAUUUGAGGCCAUGGAGUCUGCUGGUUUGACUCUGAAAGGAAUGGAAGGGAGCCAGACGUCUGUCUACGUGGGGCUGAUGUGCAAUGACUUCCAUGAUAUUCAAGUCCGCGAUCCUGAUUAUCUCCCACAAUAUAUUGCCACCGGUGCCUCUCGGGCAAUCAUCUCGAACCGCGUCUCUUACUUCUUUGACUGGAACGGGCCAUCCAUGACGAUCGACACGGCAUGCUCGUCUAGCUUGGUGGCGAUUCAUCAGGCUGUUCAAAGCCUCCGGUCUGGCGAGAGUAAAACGGCCUGUGCCGCUGGUGCCAACCUGCUUCUCAGCCCUGAGAACUACCAGGCAGAGUCAAAUCUGCACAUGCUUUCUCCGUCUGGAUGGUCCCAGAUGUGGGAUGCCAACGCCGAUGGAUACGCUCGGGGAGAAGGUAUUGCGGCUGUGUUUCUAAAGACCUUAUCCAGUGCGUUGGCCGAUGGGGAUCCUAUCGAAGGGAUCAUCCGGGAAACCGGCGUGAAUUCGGAUGGCCGUACUCGAGGCAUCACUAUGCCGAGUAAUGAGGCUCAGCUGAGCUUGAUUCGCGCCACGUACGCAAAAGCUGGGCUGGAUCCCCUCCAACCAGAGCAGAGAUGCCAGUACUUCGAAGCCCACGGCACAGGCACCCCUGCAGGGGACCCCCUGGAAGCAUCAGCCAUCAGCCGAGCAUUUUUCAACGAGCAGAGUGUGGACCAAGGCAAGCUAUUGGUUGGGUCUAUCAAGACCGUGAUAGGCCACACGGAGGGGGCCGCUGGAGUGGCGGGAGUGCUGAAAGCUAUGCUGGCCAUGCAAAAUGGCAUUGUUCCUCCCAACCAGCAUUUCAAGUCACUGAAUCCAGACAUAAAACCUUGGUAUUCACACUUGGAAAUACCAACAGCGCCGCGUAAAUGGCCUGUGACAGCGUCUGGUAUACCCCGACGAGCAAGCAUCAAUUCCUUCGGCUUUGGCGGCACCAACAGCCAUGUUAUCCUUGAGCAUUAUGACCCGACUAUUCAUGCCCAAGCCGUACCUGACAAAAUGCUUGAGAAAGAAGUGAUCACGAAUACGGUUAGCAGCGAGAAUCCAUAUCCGAUCUUACCACUAGUCCUGUCUGCUCAGACCGAACAAUCUCUCCUGAGUACGAUUCAUGCAUAUUCAGAGUACCUGAAGACAAACGACUUAGUGGAUUUGGACGGUCUUUCUCGGGUAUUGCUUGAACGUCGUACCGUUUUUCCUGUCCGGGUUGCCUUCUCGCCGGGUUCCCAGAAGGAUAUACUCGCACAGAUGGAUGCUGCCAUUGAACGUGGACGUGACUCUGGCACACGCCUGAAAAUCCUGGACCCCGAGACUGGACCUCGUAUUCUGGGCGUUUUCACCGGCCAGGGUGCGCAAUGGGCCGCCAUGGGCCGCGUUUUGAUUCUGCAAUCGGUAGUCUUCCGAAAGACAAUUGAAGACUUAGAACAACAUCUGUCUGAAAUACCGCACCCACCUUCUUGGUCUUUGAAGAAAGAGCUGAUGGCCUCUUCGAAAACCUCGCGCCUGGAAGAAGCGGCAUUAUCCCAGCCAUUAUGCACAGCGGUGCAGGUUGCAACGGUGAAUCUUUUGCGUGCCGCAGGGGUUUCUUUUCAUACCGUUGUAGGCCACUCUUCCGGUGAGAUUGCAGCGGCUUAUACAAGCGGGUGCAUCACAGCCAAUGAGGCUAUUCGAAUCGCUUAUUACCGUGGUUAUUUCGCCGGUCUUGCAACAGGACCUGAUGGGCAAAAAGGCGGAAUGCUGGCUGCUGGUUUGAGCUUGGAAGAAGCUCGGAACUUCUGCAAUCGUCCGGAAUUCAACGGUCACAUUGUGGUAGCCGCGAGUAACUCGCCAUCUAGCGUCACACUAUCUGGAGACCUUGAUGUUCUCCUGACAGCUAAGAAUGCGAUUGAUGCUGAGGGCAAGUUUGCUCGGGCACUGAAGGUAGACACCGCGUACCACAGCCCGCACAUGCAGCCUUGCUCCGAACCCUAUCUUGAAGCCUUGACCACCACCCCGGUCCAUCCACAGUCAUCCAAGGCCGGUUGCGUGUGGCUUUCCAGCGUAUACAGCGCCAAUGGGCGGCCCAGAAAGGAGGAGCUCACGGGUACCUACUGGAGAGACAACAUGAUCAAACCAGUUCUGUUCUCCGAGGUUGUAAAGGCUGCUUAUGAAAGGCGCGGUCCCUUUGAUAUUUGCAUCGAGGUUGGACCCCACGCCACGCUCAAAGGACCUGCGACGCAAACUAUCAAGGAGGCGUUUGGCAGCGCACGGCCUUACCAAGGAGCGCUGCAGCGGGGCAAAGACGAUGUCGUUUCUUUUGGAAGUCUCUUGGGAUUCUUGUGGACGCACCUUCCUGCUGGUACUAUUGACUUCAAGGGCUUCGCAACGGCCAUGAGGGGAAACGUCUCACAGUCCUGUCCCAUGCCGGGGGAUCUUCCUUCCUAUCAGUGGGAGCACAAUCAGAUUCAUUGGAGAGAGGGGCGCCUGUCGAGGCAAUACCGCAGUCGUCCUCCGUUCCAUGAACUUCUUGGUACCAGACUCCCUGGCGAUGUCGAAUUUGAACCUCGCUGGCGCAAUAUUCUUCGAGCGGAUGAGGUACCGUGGCUUCGCAAUCACCGCUUCCAAGGCCAGAUUAUUGUUCCAGCAGCUGCCUACUGUGUGAUGGCAGUUAGUGCGGCACAAUCCCUGAGCAAGGAUAUACCGAUUCAGGCAAUUGAGAUCACUGAUCUGGAUAUCGAGAAUGCCAUCACCCUUUCAGACGGUCCGCCUGGAGCCGAGGUGGUCUUCGAUCUGCACCAAGUUGAGCCCAAGGAGAGCACCGACAAGAGUGUCAUUCAUGCAGAGUAUGCCUGCUUUUCAGGACCUGCUGAUGGUUCUGGGCCGAUCAAGAAGAUUUUCACUGGGAAGCUGUCUGUCUUCCUGGGCCAGUCACAGGACGUUGGUCUUCCAGCGAGGGGCAACAUUCGUCCGAUUCUUUACCCCAUGGACGUUGACGACUUCUACGACCAAAUGACAAGCAUUGGUCUUAACUAUACUGGAUCAUUCCGCGGUAUUCAAGCUGCACAGCGUCGACUUCACAAUUCUACCAUCCGGAUCGGCGCCCCGGAAGAGGGCAGUGGUGACUUUCUCAUACACCCUAUCACCCUGGAUGUGUGUUUCCAGGCAAUAUUUGCUGCAUAUGCUUCACCAGACGAUGGGUCUCUUCGAACAUCGUUCCUUCCUCGGAAAAUUGGCCGGAUUGUGCUGUCUGUCUCUGAGUGUCAGGCCAAUAUUUCCUCUCAGUCGGGUGUCAAUGUCGACGCCGUGGUCACUAACAUUGUGACUGCCAAUACUUUCCAAAUGCCUGCAAUCCAUGGCGACCUACAUAUAUUUAAUGAGAAGACUGGACAGAUGCAAGUCUUGAUUGAAGAUUUGUCAGUUAGCUCCUUUGCGCCUGGCUCCGAGAGUGACGAUCGCCAGCUAUUCCUCGAAGACCGUUGGGAACUGGAUAUUUUGAGCGGUCUCAGUGCCGGUCGCAGCGAUCUUGGAAUCUCCGGGGUCCAAGCAUCUUUGGAUGCGUGUGACCGUGUUGCUCAUUUCUACCUUCGAGAGUUGACCAGGGAAGGCACCGUGCCACGUGUUGUGCCCGGAUAUGAAAACCUCGUGCGAUUCGCGCAGAAACUCUCUUCUCAGGCCUCGGGUAACGAUUCUGUUGGCAGCGUCGUAUGGACCAGCGAUACCGAAGAUGAUAUUGCUGAUCUUAUCACGCAACAUCCCGAUAGUGAUGAUCUGAGAUUGUGCAAAGUGAUCGGAGAGAGACUCCCGGCUAUUGUGAGCGGCGAUGCGGCUCUGGCGGACGACCAUAUCGCAGACCUCUUUGACCAGUCCCUCCGGACAGGAUCCACACUCGCACUGGCCUUUCGCCAACUCGGGUCAAUAGCUAAGCAGAUCGCUCAUAAGCAUCCGCGGAUGUCAAUCCUGGAGAUUGGGGCGCAUGCAGGACGGGUGACAAGCUACAUCCUUCAAGAACUAGGCGAUGCGUUUUCGAAUUACACUGUCGCCCAUACAUCUACCGUAUCGCCGCACUACUUGGCGCAUGCACAGGGCGAUCUACCUACUGGUAUUUCGCAAAAGGAUGUAAAUUUGAACGAUGACCUUGAAUCCCAGGAUUUCAAGGGCAGCUCAUUCGACCUUAUCAUUGCGGUCAGCCUAACACCUCUGUCUCUUCCCCUUCGCGAAUCCCUCUUGAAACUUCGGGGAUUGCUGAAACCUGGUGGUUUUUCACUGUUCUAUGAACCGACUGGAAAUGGCAUCCACUACCCGUUCAUAAUGUCUGCUCUUCCACAAUGGUGGUCACUUGAAGAUGCAGACCGGUCUGAAGCGAGAACGGGGUCACUGGUCGCCUGGGACCGAUUACUUCGCCAAACGGGCUAUUCCGGUGUUGAUGCGGCUCUCAAUGACGGCCCAGAUCCCCGGAUAUCUCUUAUUGUGUCUCAGGCUACAGAUGAGGUUGUCAAAUCUUUACGCAAGCCGCUUCAGUCACGGAAAGUAUUCGGACCUUUCCCUGGAAGGCUUUUGAUCCUUGGUGGGAAAACCUUGGUGACGUCCCAACUGAUCAGUCAACUGGAGAUGAUUUUGGAGUCUUGGUUCCAAGGCGUUCUGGUCAUUGAUUCCCUUGAAGACUUGAAAGAGGAAACCUUGGCAGACGCUACCGCCGUAUUGUCUUUAAAAGACCUCGACUUUCCUUUCAUUAAGGACUUCAACAAGAAGUCUUAUUCUAACCUUAAAAUACUGUUCGAGCGUAUACCUAGUGCUCUAUGGAUCUUGCAGGGACAUCGUCAACACAAUCCCUACCAUGCUGCGUCACUUGGCCUCCUCCGAACCAUUGCGGCGGAGGUCCCACAGCUACAUCUUCAGUGCCUCGAUGUUGAGCAGACCGACAACCUUGAACUGCAUCUCGCAGAAAGCAUACUUCGCUUGGUGAUCAUUCAAACAAAGAAGAUUCGAAACGACAAAACACUUCUCUGGAACACCGAACAAGAAUUAGUCUUGCAGCGGGGUCUUUUCUGGCUCCCUCGAAUUGUGCCUGUGAGGGAGCUCAAUGAUCGUCUGAACUCUACCAAACGACUCCUGGAGAGAGACGUUGACUCGUCUUCCACUCAGGUGAUCCUUUAUAGGGCAACUCAUGGCAGCGAAACAGCCAGGUUUACUGCUGUCCAGGGUCUCAAAAGAAACGCUUUCCUAUCCCCUCCGCCCACGGACAGAUCGUUGCACUUGAGUGAAAGUUCACAUGUCGCAGUUCAAGUUUCGGAAGGAGUUUCUGUUUUCGUCGGACUCGGACGCGAUUUGACGACUCACUCUGAGUAUUUGACCUUCCUUCCUCAAAAUGCCUCUCUCGUCACUAUUCCCACUUCGUGGACGCAGCCCCUUCGCGAGGGGCUUUCUCCAAAUCUUUCAACCGCGGGCCUCUUCCGAUACCUAGUGGCUCGACGAGUGGUAGACUUGGCCUCGUCAUCAGGCUCAACUGUUUUACAUGGUCUGGACAAUCUACUCGCUUCUACAGUUUGGGAUAGAUCACAGGUGAACGGGAAGCGCGUCGUCAUUGCCACCGAAAGACCCGAUGACAACUCCCUGCCGAAACACAUUCCUCGGGUGUACCUUCACCCCCAUGCGUCGAAGUUGAUGCUUCGAUCAAGUCUGCCUGGGGACACUAAAAUGCUGAUAGAUAUUUCUGUUGGUCAGAAGCUCCUUAAAAGGCUUAGAAAUGUCCUGUCGCAUGAUAGUCUGGUUCUCACAUCCGAUGUCGUUUUCAGCGACCAUGCCUCCUCACAUGGUCUCAAUCAACCAGGGGAAUUGUGGAAGGAUUUCCUUGUCGAGGGAUCCGCCAACGCAGAUCAAACUCUUUUAAGAGUGCGACCGAGCGAGCUACUACACGCGGCCCCUGAUACAUCUCGGCUGACAAUCAUCGAUUGGACCAGUGUCGAGAAGCUAUCCACGAUCGUUCAACCACUAGAUUCCACCAAGUUAUUUUCCAACAACAAAACAUACCUUCUUGUUGGACUGACAGAAAUCCUCAAAGGGGCACACGGUGGGAGGCCGAGCUCCGAUCUAUGGGGGGCUGACCUGCACAUCGAGCCCUGCGAUGUGACGAUGAAACAGGAUGUUGCUCGUCUCGUUCAGCAACUGCGAAGCACGCUGCCUCCGGUUGCUGGAGUGGUCAAUGGAGCCAUGAUUAUGCAUGAUCAGCCCUUCAUAGACAUGGACGAGGAAACCUUCCGCAAGGUACUGCGCCCGAAAGUCGAUGGCUCCAAAAACCUUGAUGAGGAAUUUUGGGAUACUCAGUUGGAUUUCUUCAUCAUGACCUCGUCCACUGCCGCUGUUGUUGGAAAUCCGGGACAAGCAAAUUAUGCAGCUGCAAACCAAUACAUGGUCGGUCUUGCCGCUCAGCGCAAAGCGCGUGGUGUGGCUGGUUCCGUUGUCGACAUCGGAAUGAUCAUGGGCAUAGGAUACAUUCGUCGCAGCGAGGGAAAGGCAACCUAUGAACAUUUCCUCGGCAAGCAAAACUUAAUGCCAAUUUCCGAACACGACAUCCGCGACAUAUUCAGCGAAGCCAUCCUUGGCGGCCACCCGAUUACUGGCGACCGCUCUCAGAUCAUGACUGGUUUGGCUAAAAUUGAUCUUUCAGAUAGCAGCAAGCGGCCCAGCUGGAUCGCUAACCCACGUUUCUCUCACCAUAACUUCCAAUCGGAGCCACAAAAAGCGCAGGACAGCGGCUCAGAAGCAUCCCCUAAGUCCAGACUCCGUGAAGCUGGCAAUGUCCAAGAUGCUUCGCUAUUACUACAGAAAAUGUUUGUUGCUGAAUUGGCUGUAGUUCUACAGUUGCCGCCCGAUAAUGUCAAUAAGUCUAUGUCGCUGCUGGAAAUGGGAGCAGACUCACUUGUGGCGGUUGAGAUUCGAUCCUGGGUCCUACGAGAAAUUGGACAGGAUGUGCCUGUCUUGAAACUGUUGGGAGGCGCAAGUGUCACAGACCUAUGUGAUGAGCUCGCAGUCGACGUUCUUGCAGACAAUGCCACUGGCGACGAUGAGCUGGUUGCCGAAAACCAGGAAAACAGUUUGGCUAUUGGACAGAAUCCACCGGACAACCUAAAUGAAGCUGCCGUUCUUGCCGAGCACAAAACACACUUGGAAUCGAAUACCUCAUCUGACGAGGGUUCUACGCCCGGAGAUACUCAAAUACAAACAACCCCUGCGACAUCCGACAAUGAGUCUACCACAUCAAACAAACCAGUUUUGCCACCGUGGUUGCGUAUCGAUCCAAUGUCUUACGGGCAAUCUCGAAUCUGGUUCCCUUCUAUCUACCUCGAGGACAAGACCACAUAUAACUGCACUACCUCCUAUCGCCUGAAUGGGCUGUUAGAUAUUAGCAGACUCGAGAUGGCACUUCGACAAGUCACCCAAAGGCAUGAAUCCUUCCGCACCUCAUUCCACACAGACAGCUUCACCGGUGAUGCCAAUCAAGUAAUUUUGAGAAAGAGCAAAUUCAGGCUUCAUAUCCUGAACUCUACAAAUGAUGAGAGUGACGUUGAAAGAGAAUUUCAGAAAAUGCACGCCCACAUCUACGACCUCGAGAAUGGCGAUACUUUCCGCGUCGUUCUCCUGGCUCAUGCGCCUGACUACCACACGAUUGUAUUUGGAUAUCACCAUAUAAUCAUGGACGGCGUCAGUUGGCAACUCACUCUCCAAGAUAUCGAACGAUGCUAUGCGUCACCGACGGUGAAACAUCCAAGUCCUCUACAAUAUUCGACAUUCGCGGACAAGCAGCGACGUGCUGUUCAGAACGGUGCAUAUGCCAAGCAACUUCAGUAUUGGAAAUCACAAUUCCAGGAUCUACCAAGCAUCCUGCCCUUGUUCGGCUUUGCGAAGACCACUUCUCGCAAGGCGAUGACGAAAUACGAGACCCUCGAGCUUGUGCAGCCGCUCGAGCCCGCACUUACGAAUAGGGUGAGAGUGGCCAGCAAGAAAGCAAAGGUUACAACGUUGCAUUUCUAUCUCACUGCCUUCCAAGUUAUGCUCCAUCAUUUCCUUGGCGUUGAUGAUCAGUGCAUCGGUAUCGUGGAUGCAAACCGUAACGACUCAGAAUUCAUGCAGACAAUCGGGUUUUUCUUGAAUACUCUGCCAUUGCGCGUCAAGCUUCAGAAUGACCCCAGCUUCGAGGACAUAGUUCAGCAAACUCGCACUACAGUCUAUGCCGCACUUGGCAACUCAGAUAUCCCGAUUGAUCUCGUUCUGGACGAACUCGAUAUUCCCAGAUCAAACACCUUGCCCCCGCUAUUCCAGACAAUCUUCAAUUAUCGAAUGGGUGCCCUGAAGCAAAGCACUAUUGGUGAAGUCGGCCUCGAAUGGCACGAUUAUAAAGAUGCACGGAAUCCUUACGAUAUCACAGUCUCCGUCGAUGAAAAGGCCGAUGGCACUGGUGGUUUCUUGUCAUUGAGCUUACUAGAUUACUUAUUUGACGUCGAGGGUGGAAACUUGCUCACCAAGGCAUACGUCAAUAUUCUUGAGCAAGCUGCUUUGGAUCCGAGCAUGCGACUCACUGACUUUUCUCUGUUCCCUGAAGCUGAAUCUCAUCAGUCCGCGUCGCUGGGGAUUGGCAACAAGAUUGAAACGGCCUGGCCGGACACGCUGUCCAAAAGGAUCAAUCAUCUGGUCGAAACUCAGCCCGAUGAGCUUGCACUAAAAGACUCUUCUGAACGAGUCCUGACCUACCGUGCCAUGGGUGACCGAGUCAAUGCUAUCGCCGCUGCACUCAGUACCCUUCCCUCCCUGAGGGUUGGGUCCCAUAUUGGCGUGUGCUGCCAGCCAUCAGCGGAUUUGAUUUGCGCGCUUCUGGCAAUCAUGCGGCUCGGCGCUGUCUACGUGCCUCUUGAUUCCAGUAUGCCCGUAGAGCGUUUGGCAUUGAUUUGUGAUGAGGCGAGCCUGCAGGCUCUUGUCCACGACAAGGAAACAGCCAGUACGGCGAAAAUCCUCAGCCCCCAGGCUGGCCAUAUCGUCGACCUUACAUUCCUACCGAGUCACACCGAAAAGAAGAUUCCUGAUCGCAGUGAAGCCGCAUCAAACGCAUUUAUCAUGUUCACAAGCGGCUCAACUGGCAAACCCAAAGGUGUUCAGUUGACACAUGCUAACUAUACGUCCCAUGUUGUUGCAGCGUCCCAGCAAAUGGGUCUGCAAAAAGAGACUGUCCUCCAGCAAAGCUCAGUCAGCUUUGAUCUGUCGCUUGCUCAAAUAUUCUACUGUCUUGCCAACGGUGGGACUCUUGUUGUGACUGACAGCCAAAGAGAUCCGGAGGCCUUGGCAGCGUUGAUCCAGCGCGAGGGAGUGACCUUCACCUUCUGUGUACCUUCUGAAUAUUCGAUUUUACUCCGAUAUGGCCGAGAGACUCUGACAUCUUGCAAGUCUUGGCGUAUUGCUCUCUCAAGCGGCGAGGGGUUCCCAGUCAGUCUCAAGGAGAAGUUCCGUGACCUCCGACUCAACACACUAAAAGUCUUGAAUGCUUACGGGCCAACUGAAGGGUCUAUCGUUGCAACCAUGUGUGAGGUUGACUACAAGGCUAUCAAUGAUGAGAGAGUUCCAAUCGGUCGCACACUCAACAACUAUGCCGUUUAUAUAGUGGAUGAUGCUGCAAAGCCAGUACCAGUCGGUUUUCCUGGUGAACUUGUUCUUGGUGGGCCUGGCAUCAGUCCUGGAUACUGGCGCAACCCAGAUUUUACAAAGCAGAAGUUCAUACGGGACACAAUCUCAGGGUCUGAAAAGGCCGUCGAUGGCUGGAAGACCCUUUAUCGUACGGGAGACAAAGCCCGCAUGCUCGGAGACGGAUCAUUGGUCUACCUGGGGAGAAUGGAAGGAGACCUGCAGGUCAAGAUCCGAGGAGUGCGCGUCGAAUUGGAAGAGAUCGAAAACGCAAUUCUCAACAGUGCGCACGGCAUGCUCUCUGAUGCUGCAGUCGUCCUCAGAGGAGAAACGGAGAAUUUUUUGGCCGCAUUCGUUGUUUUCGCAGAUGGCUGUGAACCCAAGGACAACUCAACAGAAUAUCUUCGAUCAUUGCGCUCGACGCUCCCUCUUCCCUUGUUCAUGAAGCCCGCCAUUAUAAAGAACCUGGUUAAGCUUCCAAUCACGGCUUCAGGAAAGCUUGAUCGUCGCGCGUUAAGCACUGUUCCUUUGGGUGACAUCCCUGACCCAGAGUCUACUGCAUUAUUGAGCGCUACCGAACGCCAACUGAGCGACAUUUGGCAGAUUCUGCUGGCAGACGUCGGUGAAUCGUUAAGUAUUGAAAAAUCAUCUGACUUCUUCUCUGUCGGCGGAAAUUCUCUCCUCUUGCUCAAGAUGCAAGCCGAGAUCCGCGAUCGUUUCUCUAUUGAACUUUCCCUGCCUGAGCUCUUCCAGAACAACACACUCGAGGGUCUUGCUGCCCGUAUCAAUGCAACCAGUACUGGCAAUUCCUAUCAAAUUGACUGGGAGGCUGAAACAGCUGUUUCUUCCGAGAUCACAUCCGUCAAGCCCGUAUCGCGCCCAGCAAAGCCCCUCGCUAAGUCAAAAACCGUUCUUCUGACUGGAGCCACUGGGUUCCUGGGCCGUGCCUUGUGCCAUCAGCUGGUCGAUUGCCCGGAAAUUCAAAGGAUUGAAUGUCUGGCAGUGAGAAACCCCACAGCAGCCCGCGCGCAGUCGAAGAAGAUCUUCUUCCAUAAAGGCGAUCUCACUCUGCCUUUCCUGGGACUCUCCGAGACUGAAGCAAACGAUAUCUUCGCAUCGGCUGAUGUCAUCAUCCACAAUGGUGCCGAUGUAUCCUUCAUGAAGUCUUACCACUCGCUUCGCCAGCCAAACGUCGAAUCCACCAAGGAACUCGUCCGCCUUGCAGCCAAGCAUCGAACCCCCUUCCAUUUCAUCUCCACAUCUGGCGUUGCCCAUCUAAGUGGCAAGGACUCGUAUCCCGAAAUCUCCGUCGCAGCUUAUCAGCCCCCACCCGAUGGAACAGAUGGCUAUGUGGCUUCCAAGUGGGCUAGUGAGCGAUUCCUGGAGCGCGUUGCUUUCCAGACCGGAAUGCCUGUGUGGAUUCACCGACCGACGAGCGUGACAGGUGCCAAUACUCCGUCCAUGGACAUUGUGCACACCGUGCUGCGCUUCUCCCGCAUCCUGAAGAGCGUACCAGAGCUCCCAGGUUGGUGUGGAUACUUUGAUUUUGUACACGUUGACUCCGUCGCUCGAACAGUACUCGAUGCUAUACUGGCUGGAACAGCUGUCAACACCAAUGAGCCUGUUUAUGUCCACCACUGCGGAGAGACUGUUAUUCCUGUCCAGGACGCUCGUACCUACCUGGAAGAGGAGCUUGGGGAGACUGUUACCGCACGGUCAACGGCAGACUGGAUUGCUGCAGCCUCUGCUGAGGGAAUGGAGCAGUUAGUCGUAGCUUUCAUGAAGAUGUUUGCAGACGGAACGGCGCAUUCCCUUGUUCUGCCUCGGCUGGUCAAAGGGGGUCUGGAGGCUUUGAGGGUUGACGUGUGA